CACCGCGGGUGUUCACUUCAAAAGCGGCUUAAUAGUUGUUUUUUGCCUGUCACUGGCUCGCCCGGAGCUUAAUAGGGCUCCGGUGCAGGGAGAUGCACUAUGAUGAGGAGGGAUGCGGUAAUUCCUCCCUACAUGACACAGAGAGGGGUGGGGGGUAAAAAAGCGAGGCGUGCGUCACCGACCGGCAGCUGAUCGUGAGAAAGACUCAGACAUCAAUAACGUCUCGUUCAUCAGUAAACAUCUGAGGGAAGAUUCUUCAGCACCGACAGGAGGGACAGCAGCACGGCAGGACAGCUGAACCGACUUGGAGAUCAUUCUCAUCUUUCCGUGAUGGCUAUCAACACUGAUGCCGCAUUUGGGAAAAGCGCCCUCGGUGAGAGAGAAGUUUCCAACCCGGCUAACUUCCAGGACACGGAGAAGCUGCUGAGCACCGCCACCACCGAGCCAACCGGCGAGACCAACAUCAAAUCAUCGGACUCCUUCUCCCUGAACAUCAGAGGGAGCGUCCGGUCUCUGGACGCGGACCAGGAUGGGCACAGAUCCCAGGUGAAAUCAGGCUCCGUUGGACACCUGACGGCCCCACCCAGAUCCAGCUCUCGGAUGAGUAUGGGCCAGCUGUCCUCCCCGGUGCCGCCUGGCUCCGCGCCCUCCUUUUACCUCUGGCUCGCCCUGCUGUCCUGCUUCUGUCCCGCUUGGCCGAUCAACAUAUCCGCCCUGUGGUACGCAAACGUGUCGAGGACAGUUCUCCACACCGGAGACGUCGAAGGGGCGAGGAAGUAUGGGCGUCGAUCAAUGCUGCUGAGCAUUCUGGCAAUGGUAGUGGGUGUGGCGAUAAUCGUCUUCAUAGUGUUAACAAUAGAGCUGCGGUGAAUUCUGGGAUGGAAAAAGUCUUCUUUACCUCUGGGGAGGAUCUCCAACUUGCACAGAAGAGGAGGAUUAUCGAUUUGAAGAUGCAAAAGCACCAAAUCUGAAGUGAUUCCAAAGUAUUGUUUUUACCUUUUUUCCCCCAAAGACUUUUUAAGGAGGAGGAAAGAAACCAUUUAUCCAUUUCAGGCAUCACUCUCACCCUAUUUUAACUCAGGAACCAUGGAUGGAAAAAUUGAAGGCAACAGUUUUUUUUCUUUGUGUGUGUGUGUGUGUGUGUGUAAAUUAGUCACCAGAAUCCAUGGAGAAGCUAUAGACCAAAGUAGCUAAACGCCACUUCCUCCUCACACUCUACAUCUUCACAAAUGAUUUGUUUGUUGCAUAAAGAGACAAAAAUGCCCAUUUUACUAAAAAUCUGCCACAAAUAUUGAGCUUUCUCUCUGACCGAUGUGGACUUUUGCUGGGUUUAAAUCAUUUUCCUACUGUUUACAUGAAGUUUUAAACAGGUAUGCCUCUCUACAGCCGUGGUGUGGCAUCUUGCUUUGCACGCUAACGUGAUACCAGUUCCCGGUUGGACUUGCUAUGUUUACAUUAUCCUGUGAAUGCACUGAUCCUGGCACUGAUGUUUCUGUUUCUACAUUUAUACUGUACGACUGGUUUCCUGUGCCAUAGUUCUGCAUGUCUGAAAUAAACAUGAAUGAGCAUGACCGACCC